AUGGUAGGGACGGCACGGAAGCUUGUUACUACAACUCCUGUACCUUCAGACAUUGAAAUUGCUCAAAGUGUUUCGAUUCAACCGAUAUGUGAUAUCGCGGACAGUGCAGGGAUCCUUUCUGAGGAGCUGGAACUGUAUGGAAACACGAAGGCCAAAGUUUCGUUAUCGGUCUUGGAAAGGCUUUCCAACGCACCAGAUGGAAAGCUAUGCAUUGUAGCAGGAAUGAAUCCUACUUCUUUGGGAGAGGGAAAGAGUACUUCAACAGUGGGGGUUAGUCAGGCGCUCGGCGCUCACUUGGAAAAAAACGUCUUCACAUGCAUUCGCCAGCCUAGCCAAGGUCCCACAUUUGGGAUCAAGGGGGGUGCUGCUGGUGGAGGCUGGAGCCAGGUACUGCCGAUGGAGGACUUCAAUUUGCAUCUCACUGGCGACAUUCAUGCCAUAUCUGCAGCGACGAACCUACUAGCUGCUGCGAUAGAGACGAGAAUGUACCACGAAAACACACAGACGAAUGAAGCGUUGUUCCGCAGGCUUUGUCCUCCAGAUCCGAAGGAUGGCUCUCGUAAAUUCUGUCGCGGAAUGUUUCCUCGUCUAGAAAAGCUUGGCAUCAACAAGAACAACCCAGCAGACCUUACUGAGGAGGAAAUAUUGCGAUUCGUAAGGUUAGACAUCGACCCUGACUCUGUCCAAUGGAACCGAGUAGUGGAUGUGAAUGACAGGUUUCUUAGAUGCAUCGACGUUGGCAAAGCUCGCACGGAAAAAGGCAUGGUGAGGGAGACGAAAUUUGAUAUCAGCGUUGCUUCGGAAAUUAUGGCCAUUCUCGCGCUUACAACUAGCCUUGCAGACCUGAGAUCACGGCUUGGUCGCAUCGUGAUUGGGGAAUCAAAGUCUGCGGACGAACUCAUCACAGCAGAUGAUCUUGGUAUUGGCGGUGCAUUGACAGUCCUAAUGAAGGACGCUUUGAAGCCAAACUUGCUUCAAACCCUUGAAGGAACACCUACCUUUGUGCAUGCCGGUCCAUUUGCCAACAUCGCAUCUGGGAACUCCUCAGUUGUGGCUGAUCAAGUGGCUUUAAAACUUGUUGGUCCAGACGGGUUUGUUGUCACGGAAGCCGGUUUCGGAUCGGAAAUAGGUCUAGAAAAGUUCGUCCACCUGAAAUGCAGGCUGGGUGGACUAAGGCCUUCUGUAAUUGUGUUGGUUGCCACUGUCCGUGCCCUUAAGAUGCACGGAGGAGGUCCUCCAGUUAUCGCUGGAACGGCCCUCCCUGAUGUGUACACUUCAGAGCAUGUCGAACUGGUUUCUAAAGGCUUUGAGAAUCUAAGAAGACACAUAGAGCAUGCGAAUUUAUACAAGGUUCCAGUUGUUGUUUGCUGUAAUCGUUUCAGAACGGAUUCUGGAAAGGAACUUGAUACCAUUGUUAAGAUGUCCAAAGAAGCUGGAGCUUACGAUGCAGUUGUUUCUAACCACUGGGAGGAAGGAGGAAAGGGAGCAGUUGCUUUCGGAGAGGCAGUCAUAGCGGCAACAUCUGAAGCCAAAAACGAAUUCCAGUUUCUGUACGAAGACGCAAUGCCGUUACGUGAAAAAAUUGAAGUAAUCGCGACGAAAGUGUACGGUGCGAGUGGGGUUGAGUUUUCUGAAAAUGCGACCCGCCGCCUCGAGAUGUAUCAGGCAAGAGGAUUCGGGAAAAUGCCAAUUUGCAUCGCUAAAACGCAGUACAGUUUUUCUGCAGACGCAAAUUUGAAAGGUGCUCCUACUGGGUUCACGCUUCCGGUGCGUGAGGUGAGGUUAAGCGCCGGCGCAGGGUUUGUACUUGCCAUCUGUGGGACUAUUCAAACGAUGCCGGGUCUUCCCACGCGACCGGCCUAUUACAAUAUUGACGUAGAUCUAAAGACGGGACGAGUAAUUGGGCUGAUGUAGGUUUGAGAUACCCGGCAUGAGUUUGGCGGUUGAAGGUUUGCAGGAACUACCGUAGGAAUACUGAUCCUGGCCGUUUCUAAAGCGACCAAGUUUUUGAGGACAGCUCUUUUUGAGGAAGGAGCAUGUAACGAUUCAAAUACGUGUAUGCGGUAUUCACGGAAGAAUUUGCU